CUACGUAGUCCGUGAAACUUCCCGGGCAUCUUAGCCCUGGGACCCAUCACCCAGUUUAUCCUCCGCGGGCGCGGGAGCGAGCGGCAGUUGAUCCCUGGCGACCGCGUACGCAUGCGUGUGACUGGGCCGCCAGCGUGCGUGUGACGUCACGGGCGCGCCCGUCUGAUUUCUUCCUAGUUUCUCUCUAGAGCGCGGGUGAGUGAGUUUCCGAAGAAGUCUGGAGUUGGUUGCGUGGGUACAAGCAGCAACCUAUCAACUUCCCUAGUUGAAUUUGCUUUGGACAGCACUGUGAAGCAGAUCUGAUAUGCCACUUGAAUUAAUAAAAGAAGUCAAUGGGGUGCCUGAAGUUGAGCCGUUAAGUAAAUUACACAAAGUAGAUUUCAGAUCCCUACAGCCAGGUUGUGAUUAUAGCAAGAAAUAUAUCCAGGGAAAACUUUCAUAUAUCUCUCCCUUAUCUAAUGGUGGAAACAGAACAGCUGUUUUGAAGAUUAGACUACAAGAACAAGAAAAUUCAGAUUCAGAGAUCAACACCAUCAAUGUAUCAUUUUUCGGAAAAUUAGCAAAGGACUGUGCAAGAGUUUUCUAUGAAGGGGACACUAUUGCACUGGCUGGAUUUAUUGUUUUGUCAACAGCAUCUACAAGCAAAGAUGAUAAACAAUGUUUGUUUUUGAAAGCAUUUGAGGACUUAACAUCAACUGUUUAUGUUUAUGUUAAAUCCGUAAGAGAUUUUUCUACAGAAUCAAUGUCUUUGGUUCCAGCAACACAUUAUGUAUAUACACCUCUGAAUCAGCUUAAGAGUGGUACGAUUGUCAAUGUCUAUGGUGUUGUGAAGUUCUUUAAGCCUCCAUAUCUAAGCAAAGGAACUGAUUAUUGCUCGGUUGUAACAAUUGUGGACCAGACAAAUGUAAAGUUAACCUGCCUGUUCUUUAGUGGAAAUUAUGAAGCACUUCCAAUAAUUUAUAAAAGUGGAGAUAUUGUCCGCUUUCACAGGCUGAAGAUCCAAGUAUAUAAAAACGAGACUCAGGGUAUCACCAGCUCUGGCUUUGCGUCUUUGACAUUUGAGGGGACUUUGGGAGCUCCUAUCAUACCUCGUACUUCAAGCAAGUCUUUUAACUUCACUGCUGAGGACCACAAAAUGGUAGAAGCCUUACGUGUUUGGGCAUCUACUCAUAUCCCACCUUCUUCGACAUUAGUAAAAUUGUGUGAUGUUCAGCCAAUGCAGUAUUUUGACCUGACUUGUCAGCUGUUGGGCAAAGCACAGGUGGAUGGAGCAUCAUUUCUUCUGAAGGUGUGGGAUGGCACCAGGACCCCAUUCCCAUCUUGGAAAGUCUUAAUACAAGACCUUGUUCUUGAAGGUGAUUUAAAUCACAUCCAUCGGCUGCAGAAUCUGACAAUAGACAUUGUAGUCUAUGAUAACCAUGUUCAAGUGGCAAAGUCUCUGAAGGUUGGAAGCUUUCUUAGAAUUUAUAGCCUCCAUACCAAACUUCAGUCAGUGAAUUCGGAGAACCAGGCAACUUCGUUAGCUCUCGAGUUUCAUCUCCAUGGAGGUACCAGUUAUGGUCGGGGAAUCAGAGUGUUGCCAGAAAGUAACUCUGAUGUGGAUCAACUGAAACAGGUUUUAGAAUCUGCAGAUUUGACAGCCAGUCAGUGUUCAGAUGGUAUAUGUCAAUCAGAACGUGAGGACAGCUUUCCAACUGUUUCAAGCUCUGGAUCAGUAUCACUAUAUGAGGUAGAAAGAUGUCAACAACUAUCAGCUACAAUACUUACAGAUCAUCAAUAUUUGGAGAAAACUCCAGUGUGUGCCAUUUUGAAACAAAAAGCUCCUCAACAAUAUCGCAUCCGAGCAAAAUUGAGGUCAUACAAGCCCAGACGACUUUUUCAGUCUGUUAAACUUCAUUGUCCUAAAUGUCAUUCACUGCAAGAAGUACCACAUGAGGGUGAUUUGGAUAUAAUUUUGCAAGAGGGUGCAACUAAAACCCCAGAUACCAAAUUACAAAACACAUCAUUAUAUGAUUCGAAAAUCUGGACCACUGAAGAUCAAGGAGAACGAAAAGUAGCUGUUCAUUUUGUGAAAAAUAAUGGUAUUCUCCCACUUUCACAUGACUGUCUAAUUUUGAUAGAAGGAGGUACACUCAGUGAAAUCUGCAAACUCUCAAGCAAGUUUCAUAGUGUAAUUCCUGUGAAGUCUGGCCACGAAGACCUGGAACUCCUUGACCUUUCAGCACCAUUCCUUAUACAAGGAAAAAUACAUCACUAUGGAUGUAAACAGUGUUCUAGUUUGAAACCGAUACAAAAUCUAAAUUCCCUGGUUGAUAAAACAUCAUGGAUUCCUUCUUCUGUGGCAGAAGUACUGGGUAUUGUACCCCUCCAACAUGUGUUUGUGAUGACAUUUACUCUUGACGAUGGAACAGGAGUAUUGGAAGCUUAUCUCAUAGAUUCUGACAAAUUCUUCCAGAUUCCAGCAUCAGAAAUCCUAAUCAAUGAUGACCUUCAGCACAGUAUGGAUAUGAUCAUGGAUAUGUUUUGUCCUCCAGGAUUAAAAAUUGAUGCGUAUCCAUGGUUGGAAUGUUUCAUCAAGUCGUAUAAUGUCACCACUGGAACAGAGCAGCAAAUUUGCUAUCAGAUUUUCGACACCACAGUUGCAGAUGAUCUUAUCUGAUAUUGACAUUUAACUUAGCAUAUGUAAAAUAUUGUAAUUUUAGAAAACAUUACUAUUUUCUGUGAGUUUGCUAUAAAAUACAUAAAAGGUUUAGCUCU